GGCGAGGGGCGGGGCUAAACAUUUCUAGGCAGCUCAUGACGUCAGCAGCAAGCCGCGGUGCGGACAACAGCAGUCCGGUGGGGUCGGAAGAAUCACGACGAGAUGGUCGUCACCAGGGAAUACCGUGUGGUUUUACCCUGUAGUGUUGAAGAGUAUCAAGUGGGACAGUUGUUCUCAGUGGCAGAAGCAAGUAAAAAUGAGACGGGUGGUGGUGAGGGGAUUGAAGUCCUGAAGAAUGAGCCAUAUGUGGAAAAUAAUGAAAAAGGACAGUAUACACACAAAAUCUACCACCUGAAGAGUAAAGUUCCAGGGUUUGUAAAGCUCUUGGCACCAGAAGGUGCUUUGAUAUUUCAUGAAAAAGCUUGGAAUGCUUACCCCUACUGCAGAACAAUUGUGACGAAUGAGUAUAUGAAAGAAAAUUUCUUUAUCAAGAUCGAGACAUGGCAUAAACCAGAUCUUGGAACACAAGAAAAUGUGCACAAACUAGACCGUUCCGCGUGGAAGGAAGUGACUGUUGUGCCCAUUGACAUUGCAGACAACAGCCAGGUUUCCUCCGCUGAUUACAAGCCAGAUGAAGACCCCACCAUGUUCAAGUCAGUUAAGACAGGAAGAGGACCACUUGGGCCUAACUGGAAGAAAGACAUGGCUUACAAAACUGACUGCCCGAGAAUGUGUGCCUACAAACUGGUCACAGUCAAGUUUAAAUGGUGGGGCUUGCAGAGUAAAGUGGAGAGCUUUAUCCAUGAGCAAGAAAAGAGGAUCUUCACAAAUUUCCACCGUCAACUUUUUUGUUGGAUUGACAAGUGGGUGGAGCUGACGAUGGAAGACAUUCGACGAAUGGAGGCAGAGACCCAGAAGGAGCUGGAUGAGAUGCGCAAGAAGGGCUCGGUGCGUGGCACAAAGGCCACAGAGGAAUAGCCUGGCCAGCUCCGCAGUAGAGGUGAAGUAAGAGGAACAAGUGCUGCCGAUGACUAAAGCCGCAAAGAGUUUUUAGACUGCCACGAUGGUGGCUGCUAAAGGCGCUCCUUCUGUGGCACUUUUUUUUUUUUUUUACUCUUAUCACUUAAAGCACGAGGUCCUGCAAUCCAUAGAGCAGAUGCCCAUCUUGCACCCAAUCUAUCAUGUGAGGAAUUGAUUACUAGGCCCCACCACAAUCUUCACUGACUUCAUUUAGAUUUCCCCGACCUGCCGGAUGGAUAGGAAAAUGAACAUUUUGAUCAAGAUACAUUUCAGAGCAGCAAAUUUAUCUGUUAAAACUUCCAUUGGCAGAAGCUGGACCAAAUAUUUUCUCAAUAUUCUGUUGGCUUUUUGUCUGUUUUUAGCCCCAAAAACAUUCCUCGUACAGUCUGGUUUAACACUUUGGCUCAAAAAGAUACCUCCUUCGCGCGAGUAUAUUUGUGCGCCAUACUCGUGUUCCUUCCUGCGCCCCCCCCCCCACAGUCUCCAUUAAGAGAUUACUCGCCGCCUUUUCACCUCAGCCUGUCGUAAUCCCUCCAUCAAGCCACCUAUCCACCAGCGCUGCAUCUAAUUAACACUGACAAUCAUGCCUGUGCGGGUCUUUACACAUGCAUGCAGAUGACACAUCUAAAACGGGCACCAGCAGACGUGCACUCACUCACAGGUGCACAUGCCUUUGCAGUGACUGAACCUGGGCAGAUCCCCGCAUGCUUGAUCAGCCAGUCGAUGUUAAUUCGGACGCGUUUAUUCCCCCCCGUUCACAUUUCCCACGCACUCCUUACUCACAGCCAGCAUGCAACAUGGCAUUAGGGGGAAAUAACUUACCCAGUGCACCUCAGCUCGGUGUGUCUUCCUCAUUCUCGGUGCUUUGUCAGUGCUCAAUCAAAACCAGUGCUACCUGUGGCUCGACUCCACCUCUGGACCUGUUUUAACCUAUCUCAACUACUGUAAUGCUCGCUUUAGCUACCUCCCUCUUUUCUGACCUACCAUUUCACUGGCGCCUAAAAGUUGGCACUUGUUGCAGGGCUCUAUGUUGUGAUAUCAUAACUUUAUUAUAUCCUCUUUUGUGUGUCACGUCUCUACAGCUCGACCAACUAUUUGAUGGGCAUGCCAUAUUUUAAUGAGCCCUGACUUUCAACUUCACGGUGCACGUUCAGUGCUGUACAGUCGUUCUAAUCUGGUAAGGAUUGUCAUUCUGAAUCAUCCGUAGUAUUACCUGUUCAUUUCACUGUUUGUUUUUUUGUGUCUUCAUUAGAAGCGUAUACAUUUCAUUGUAGUUAAGUCCUACACGUUCAGUCCAAAGAGUGUUAAUUCACUUGUUUACAUGCAGCUGGUAAAGUAGGACAAUAAGGCAGCACUGAAAAACUGUCUUCAAUAUCAUAUAUUCAUUUCUUUUUGCCACUUGCAGUAGGAAGGGGAUUCAUAUGGUCCCAUUUGUCGCAGUUUACCAGACACAUGAAAAGUGACGAAUUAGGGGGUUCGCUAUCCUGUAGAAUGUUCAAUAUCUGAAAAUGUGCUUUGUGGCAAUUCCAAUUUUGACCACAGUGUUAGUUGCUAGCAGAGUGCAUUGCAAAAUGAUUAACCCCCGCUCUUCCUAUCACGCGAGAUCCACCCAGGAAUAGAGCCAUAUGAAUCGCUUCCGUACUGUAUUUGCCUUAAUUGGAAAUUAAGUAUUACAUUUGCAAUUUGGUGCGAAGUGAUUAAAUAGUUUGUGCCUUUUUAAACAACUGGAUAAAUGAUAUAUGAUUUGUCGGAUUGUGUCCGUAAUUGCUGCAGAAAUGUACAUUUCCACGUCUGUCUCAGUGACUCCUGCUAAAGAGCUUUUGGAAAGAGUGCUUUCUUGCUACAACGAUAUUAUCCUGCCCUGAAUUAUACAAACUGUAAAGAAUUCAAAUGCAAACUGCUUGCUUUUUUUUUUUUUUAGAUAUUUAGAUUUUGAAAAUCAGGGGAACACUGUAAUGAAUGUAUCAAAUGUUGUGCCUUUUCUGCCUGGAGAUUCUUAAGUGUGACAUAAGUGUACCUGUCUUAUCUAAAUAUGGAAUAAAUUUUGAGAAAAAGAUUUA